CAAUAACAAAGGGAGCAGUCGAGACCUUGCUGGGGCUGCUGUAAAAGGAGCUGUUUGAGUGAUUUAAGGGUCCAUAAACUAUUACUUUCGUCAUAUAAUAGUUAUAUUUAUAUAUUUUAUAUUGCUUUACAUAAUCUACCUCAUCGGCCUGCCGUUUUUUUAAGACUAGGUUACCUUCCUGUUUACAGUAUUCUUAAGCUGUUUCUCUGCUUUCUUUGCCGCAGUGCCUUCCAUUUUUGCACAACUGGUGAUGGCGAUGACAAAACUUUAGGUGUUCUUUAUGCACGAAGGAGAAACUAAUGCACUUAAGCACCUUUCCGGAGGUUCCUGUUAACGGCUCCAGCAGCUGAUGACCAAAGAGCUCCAACCUCGAUUGACGCUAGGACUGACACGGCCCGCUCCAAAGCCAGCGUCCCCACCAUGUUCCAGAGGUUCACCAGCAUCCUGUUUGGAGACGUUAUGGAGGAAGCCAGCAGAUGUCCUGUGGAGGUGGGCUUCAGUGAAAAUGAAGAUGAUGAACAGUGGAUCCUUGUCGAUUAUCUUACGGAGGCCUGCUCUGGAGACUGUGGAGAUGGGCUGGUGGAGGUAUGUCCAGGGGAUGUGACUAGCCCUGACUGCCCUCUGUGCUGCUCCUCCUGCACCUCCCUCGACUCAACACCAGACACAGACCCUGAGGAUGGGGGAUUUCUGCGGCUGGAUGGAGUAUGUGAUCUGGAGGAGAGCUGGUUCAUCACACCCCCCCCUUGCUUCACGGCUGGGGGUAGGGCUCCUGUGCUGCUGGAGACCAGUCCCCUGGAGAAUCUGCUAAUCGAACACCCCAGCAUGUCCGUCUAUGCUGUGUACAGCUCCAGCGGCCCUAAGGAUCGUCCCUGUGAACCCAGCAUCCUCAGGGCUGAGGUUCAGCGUGGACCGGAGCGUACUACUGGCUGCUGUGCAGCCACACUCACCACAAGCCGUGCUGGGCUCCUGGAGCAGGCCAAGAGUGGCCACCUGGCUCAGAAGGUCCAGGACAGUGUGGCGCGUCAGCAGCUGUCCCGCAAUGCCCUCCGUCGCCUUAACCUGCUUCGUACCAGGGGCUCCAGGCAGUCCAAGACCACCGUAGCUCAUGUUCACCAGCCUGGACAGAAGCAGUACAACUACUGAGGCCAUCCACACUGUGCACCUCUGACCACAGUUCCUUUUCUCCAUCUUUGUGCUGGAAUUCUUUUCAUACACAUGGAAUGGAGUCCUUCAAAAUCAACAGCAUAGGUCACUUUACUCUGGUGCAGGUACAAGCCUGCGUUUGUCCAAAUCAGGUGCCAUUUGGCGUGGUCCACUUCCUGGAGUCUAGAGAACUGGCAUUAUAUUUGAAUUGUCACAAAUUCUGCAGUAUGCAAAGUCUGCAUAAUGUUACAUGGUGUUUGUGUAUACUCAGCAUACAUAAUCCCAUGAAGUGUGACUGAGAAUAGUGUGAGGUCCCCCUUCCCCCGCUUUAUUGGAUUGUAAUGUACAUACAUGAAUUCUGUACACCUGCUUCUGGUCUCAUGUGCAGACCUCUCAGUGAUGGCUGGUUUCUUUAAGAAUGACAUAUGACAAUAGUGCUCUCUUUCUCUUGCGUGUUUGUGAGUGGCUUUUAGUAGUAAAAUUUCAUCCCAAAUAUGUAAAUUAUAUUUUAAAAAUUCAAGUAUUUUUUAAAGAAAACAAUAUUGAUUAUAUUACAUAUCAGUAUGAAGUUAUGCUAUGUGCAGUGUAAAGUAUGUAAGUAGCAUUAGUUUUCUUAUGGUAGUGGGCAUUUGAUGUAUGACUUUAUAGUGCUUCUCUUGAAACAGAUAGAAAUGAACAGAUAUGUAGUCAAGUGUUUAAUGUAAUUUUGUAUUGUUGUUUGCUCUGAAUCUGCCAUUUACUUCUCAGGGUCAUGCCAGUUCACCUGUACUCUUUGCUAAAAUGCAGAUUACUUGAUAAAUAUGAAUCAUCUUUGUACAUACUGGAGAACCUCUAAAACUGUCAUUGUGUACAUAGCCUUGCGUAAAUAUUUGUAAUUAAUAAUUAUUUUCAGCAAAUUUGAAUGAAACUGAAUACUUAAUUGUCCUAGGACUGUGCAAACAAACUUUAUAUUAAUUGACUGUUAAGACAUGCAUGGAGGAAAACUGUUUUCCAGAAACGUUUAGUUUGAAAUUGUUUUGUUAGUUAUAUUGUGAAAAAAAUAGGGUUUGGAAGUAGAGCCUUUGAUUGGUUACAUACAUGUCAUACUUGUUAAAGUAAAAAUAUUUAAAACCAAUGUUGUGAUAAGAUUGUUGUGUUAGACAUUUGUUGUUUCCAUAAUUGUUUUUUUUUUGUGUCUAUUGACCCAUCAAAAAGGUGAAUCUGUUGUUGCGAUGUUAAAAAAAAAAAAGGUUGCCAAGCUAAAUAUUUCUAACAAAUAAAUGGACUGGACUGGUGGAUAUGAAAUGCAGGCUCAAGCAAAAUAUCCACUUCUCCUGUGAAUGUUAGUCUACUCUUCAUUCAUCAACAUAUUACUUGUUUUUGAGUGAGCGAAUGAUCACCCAAGAUGUGAUAACUGUAGGGACAGAACUAGGAUAUAAAUGUGCUGUUUUGAGUUUUACCCAUGUUUAAUUUGAGGUUUUUGUGAAUAUUACAAGCAAGGCAUUGUUUUUGCAGUAAAAUGACUGAGAGUGAAGUGGCAGUUUCUUUGUUGACUAUAUCUGCAAGAGCAGUUGUUCUCAUUGUCUUCAGUAGCUUGACUUUUAAUAACAGGGAUUUUAUUUUGCCUUGAAAUUUGUUGAGGAUCUUGUGCCUUCUAGGGUAAGAGUGUGAAAAUGCAUCAAUCAAGAACUUGAAAAGUGUCCAAAGGGACUUGGACAAAAGCAAAUUACUAUGCACAGGGGAAUAAGCGGACUUUGUGAGCCACCCACUCAACUUUUUACAUACAAAUGUAGCAAAUGUGUGUAAUGUGUGAAGGAUUCUUUUGCUUUAAUUAUUUUUAGUUUACUGGAAUAAUAGAGAACUUUGCUGACACAGUAGGUUUUAGAACUUAUUUUUGUUUUACUAUUAUAUUUUGCUUUUGUAUUAAAUGUACACAAAGGUUUUUGUUUUUUUUGUGACCA